AUGUCAAAGAAAAAGGCGGAGGUAUCAAAAACAGUGCUUUUUGGCCGAAUCGGUACGAAUCUCAAGUGUGGAAUCGUUGGUUUGCCUAACGUUGGAAAGUCCACAUUUUUCAACGUCCUCACGACUAGUGCUGCUGCUGCUGCCAACUUCCCAUUUUGCACCAUUGAGCCCAAUGAAAGUCGUGUCGCGGUACCUGAUGAGCGUUUCGACUACCUUUGCGAGCACUAUCAGCCUCUGAGUAAAGUCGUGUUCCAGCAUACCUUAACGUCGUUGACAUCGCCGGCCUUGUUAAAGGUGCUCAUGAAGGCGCUGGGCUUGGGAAUGCUUUCCUGUCACACAUUAAAGCAGUGGACGGAAUAUUUCAAGUUUUGCGUAUGCUAUUGGGUUCACUUUGAAAUAAUGCCCAUUUUAGGUAUUUUUGAAGAUCCUGAUGUUAGCCAUGUUGAAGGGGAUGUUGAUCCUAUCCGCGAUAUGGAGAUAAUUCGUGAGGAGCUGCGAUUGAAAGACGAGGAUUAUGUCAACACAGUUUUUGAAAAAUUGGAGAAAGCAGUAAUUCGUGGUGGUGAUAAGAAACAAAAACCCGAUUACGAUUGCAUCGCCAAAGCAAAGCACCUCCUCUGUGAAGAACACAAAGGCAUUCGUUUUGGUGAAUGGAAUGCUGCCGAAAUUGAGAUUCUGAAUGAUCAUCUCUUUAUAACCUCAAAACCGGUUAUCUAUCUCAUUAACAUGUCGGAAAAGGACUUUUUUAGGAAGAAAAACAAAUGGUUAGUGAAGAUCAAAGAGUACGUUGAUGCAAACGAUCCUGGCGCAGUGAUGAUUCCCUUCUCUGCGGAUUUUGAGCUGCGCUAUGCGGAGAUGUCGGAGGCAGAAAAGAAGGCCUUCUUGGAGGCAAAUCCCUCAGUGCACUCCCAACUUCCCAAAAUCAUCCAGACGGGUUAUAAGGCUCUACAACUCAUCUACUUCUUCACGGCUGGCAAAGACGAGGUCAAGGCCUGGACCAUUCAGAAAAACACCAAGGCCCCACAAGCUGCUGGAAAGAUUCACUCGGACAUGGAACGCGGCUUCAUCAUGGCUGAGGUGAUGACUUUCGAUGAGUUCAAAGCUGAAGGCUCAGAAGCCGCUUGCAAAGCGGCUGGAAAGUAUAGGCAGAAAGGACGGGACUAUUUAGUACAGGACGGUGACAUUAUAUACUUCAAAUUCAACGCCGGCGCCGGUCUGAAAAAGAAAUAA